AAGCUGUUAGUUCCAAUACUAGCUUGUAAUACUUCUUUUAUAUAUAUAUAUAUAGCAAGAGAGCUAGGUAGUAUAUAUAGCUAGGGAAGUCAUUAAAGAGGCCGGAAAAGCAGAAAGGUGAGAAGGGCGGCCGGCCGGAAUGAAGAUCCAGUGCGACGUUUGCGAGAAGGAAGAGGCAUCGUUUUUCUGCUCCGCCGACGAAGCCGCUCUUUGCAGAAGCUGUGACCACCAAGUUCACCAUGCUAACAAACUCGCCACCAAACACCUCCGUUUCUCCCUUAUUCAUCCAGCUUCCUCUGCAGAAUCAUCGCAGCACUGCGACAUUUGUCAGGAAAGAAGGGCAUUGUUGUUUUGUAAAGAAGACAGGGCGAUCCUGUGCAGGGAUUGUGACUUGCGAAUGCACAAAGCUAAUGAACACACCCAAAAACACAGCAGGUUUCUUUUGACGGGAGUGAAGCUGUCUUCUUUCGAUGUUCCCAACCAGCUUGCUUCUUCAUCUGAAUCCAGCGCCGUCAGCUAUACAACUCCGGCGACAAUGGCGGGAUCGCCGACUUCUUCUCAAGCCAUUUAUGAAACGUCGUCAAAUCCGCAAGUAGUUGACGGGCAACAAACGAGCCAAGAGGGAGCGGUUUCGGCCACGAGUAGCAUAUCGGAGUACUUGCUAGAGACUCUUCCCGGAUGGCACGUCCAAGAUUUUCUUGAUUAUCCCUCAUCCUCAACUACCUACCACUUCUAGGUAAUUCGCAAACUGCAAACUAAGUUAAUUUCCAGUGAGCUGAGGAUCGGAGACGGCUUGGUUGGUUAGAAGAUUUUCGUGGUUUUUUGUUUCUUGUUUUUGCUACCCCAUUGUAAUAACUUGUCAA